AUCACAAAACUUCUUGGAUUCAAGCAAACACUAAUUUACUAAAUUAAUUAAAAACAGAUUAUUAAUCAACACUAUGUGCUUUGCACUUAUUUUAAACUACACUUAAAAAAACGUCUUGUUUGCGGAGAUCGUUGGUUCUCCUCCGCAGCGGCAGCCAUGGCAGCCAAAUCAGCUGAUAUACGCAAGACUUCACACAGAUCGAACAAUUUCACUCAAAAUAUCGUUAAAAAUCCUAAAUUACCUUUUGCUAUUGCAUUACUUGUAGCUGAUUCCAUCCUCGUUGCGUUGAUUAUCGCCUACGUUCCAUAUACGAAAAUUGAUUGGGAUGCUUAUAUGUCUCAGGUUACUGGUUUUCUCGAAGGAGAGAGGGAUUACAGUAACUUGAAAGGUGACACGGGGCCACUCGUUUACCCAGCAGGCUUUCUUUAUAUUUACUCUGCUAUACAGUAUGUUACUGGAGGUCAAGUCUAUCCUGCUCAGAUUCUCUUUGGCUUUCUAUACAUAAUGGAUCUAGCAAUUGUCUUGUUCGUCUACUUAAAGACCAACGUGGUACCUUGGUGGGCUCUCUCCUUGCUUUCUCUGUCUAAAAGAGUUCACUCUAUCUUUGUUCUUCGAUUAUUUAAUGAUUGUUUUGCAACUACACUUCUCCAUGCCGCAUUGGUCUCAAUUAUUUUCCAAAAAUGGCAUCUUGGGUUGGUAAUUUUCAGCGGAGCUGUUUCUAUAAAGAUGAAUGUGCUCCUGUAUGCACCACCUUUGUUGCUCCUGAUGGUGAAGGCAAUGGAUAUUAUUGGAGUGAUAUCUGCUUUAGCAGGUGCUGCAUUAGUGCAGAUUGUCAUAGGGCUUCCUUUUAUCCUGUCGCAUCCAGCUUCAUAUAUAUCAAAUGCUUUCAAUCUCGGUCGUGUUUUCAUCCACUUCUGGUCUGUUAACUUCAAAUUUGUUCCUGAAGACAUCUUUGUUUCUAAAGCUUUCGCUCUCUCUUUGCUAGUUGCUCAUCUCAGUCUGCUAUUGGUUUUUGCUCAUUACAGAUGGUGCAAGCAUGAAGGGGGACUGUUUGCCGUUGUGCAUGCUAAAGUCAUUCAACUUAAGCUUAGAGUUACUCAGAGAAAUCCUUCUUCAACCAACAAAGUCCUUCAAACUGAUCAUAUUGUGACGACCAUGUUUGUUGGGAAUUUCAUUGGCAUUAUAUGUGCCCGAUCCCUCCAUUACCAAUUUUACUCUUGGUACUUCUAUUGCUUACCGUAUUUAUUGUGGAAAACACCAUUUCCAACCGUCCUACGCUUACUGUUGUUUGCAGCUGUAGAGUUUUGCUGGAAUGUCUUUCCCUCCAACAUUUACUCAUCAGUUGUUCUCCUGUGUGUCCACGUGAUCAUAUUAGGCGGUCUAUGGAUAAGUUCAUCAGAAUAUCCAUAUGUAGAAAAAACAACUGAUAAAUCAACAUCUAAGAAGAAGACUAGAUAAAGCACUAGUUUACUCUUGUUCGAGAACUGGUUAUGCAUGCGAUGGCAAAAUUACCUGCUCUCAUCUCCUACUACCAUUGCGUUGAACUCUGAUGUGCUGACCAAGAGGCAUCGUUUGGUUAUACUGGGAGAAGUUCUCUUUUUAUUUGUAGUGUUAAUGCUUACUUUUGUUAGAUGGUAUACAAAACCAGAAACUGGUCACAAGUCACAACCACCUAAAAGCCCUACUCACCCACACCCUCAGAGAGAUCAUCCCAUGGAAUCAAGGCUGAAGAUUUUAUUGGGUUUUUGACAUUUGAGGAUUAUACAUAUUGAAUUGGACUAGAAUAUUUUAGCAGGUCAGGCUUUUUAUUUAUUUAGAUAUGUAUGGUGUAUUCAUUAUCAAGGUCAGAUUUGGACUAGUUAUAGGAUGGUGUUGUUCUUCUUUGAUAUUGAGGUUUAGUUGAUUGGUCGAUUGUGAAAACAUUGAAGCAAAUAUGCUUCAAGAUGUCA